CCAGUCUCCUGCGGAGCCGCUAUUCCCCAUGGUCCUUUCGGAGUCCCCAGCAUCCACUAGGACGUUAGAGAAAUAUAUAUAUAUAUAUAUAUAUAUAUAAUAUAUCCCCAAAACUAUAAACAGAUGUGACCCCCCUAAUGUUACUGGUGACUGCGCACAGUGGUCCCUUGGUAGCAAUGUGCGGUCAGUCACUGUGUGAGGUGUUUCCCGCCCUUAUACUGACACCCCCACACCGCUCAGUGACAGGGAGAAUGGCGUUCGUCUCGGGCGUUCCCUGUCAGGCAGGCCGGGUGUCUGGUGGGCGCCGCCCGGUCCCCGGCAACUCAGACUCGGACUCCUCCUGUUAUUCGGGGCGUGAGACCCCGCCUCACUCCGGGACCCGGCGCCCGCUCUCCCUGCUCGAGACCCCGGGUGACCGGGGAGUCAGAACAGCGGUGGCCUCCUCCAGCUCCCGGCCCCCUCCUCUGUCAGAUAGAGCGGCCACCCCGGCUGCCAGCAGUGCGGAGCGGCAGAGGGGUGAGGAGACCUGGGGGCAGGGUCACCAGCGGACGGAAUCCUAUUUUGCAGACAAAAGCUCCUUUACAGAAAAUGCCAGCGCCUUCGUUGUCACCUCCGUCACCAGCAGCUCCUCCAGGAAAGGUCAUGGCAGUUCCGGCCCCGGAAAACCUCUUGGAGGUUCCUUUACAAAACCCAAAAUUCAGACUCCUGUGACAGGAUAUACAGCAACAACCUCAUCUGCAAUAUCCGCUCAGCCUGCGGCCUCCGUCAUUGUAGCCAUUGCGGAAGGAAGAGGACUCGCCAGAGGAGAGAUCGGCAUGGCUAGCUUGGACUUAAAGAACCCUGAUGUUGUCUUAUCCCAGUUUGCAGACAGCUCUAUAUAUGUCAAGGUGAUAACAAAACUCCAAAUUCUGUCACCGCUGGAGAUUUUGAUGUCAAAUACUGCAUGUGACAGCGGGAAGACCACAGAGCUCUUCCGUCUCAUGACCGAGAAUUUCAAGGAUGUGUCGUUUACUACUGUACAGAGGAAAUACUUUAAUGAAACCAAGGGGCUGGAAUACAUUGAACAAUUAUGUGCCCCAGAAUUCAGUACAGUGCUAAUGGAAGUUAAGUCUAAGUAUUACUGUCUGGCUGCUUUGGCUGCGCUGCUGAAAUAUGUUGAAUUUAUUCAGAAUUCAGUUUAUGCUCCAAAAUCUCUCAAGAUCCGUUUUCAUGGCAGUGAGCAAACCGCAAUGAUCGAUUCUGCUUCUGCACAGAACCUAGAACUGCUGGUGAAUAACAGGGACUCCAGAAAUAACCACACCCUCUUCGGGGUCCUGAAUAAUACUAAAACUCCGGGGGGCAGCCGCAGACUCAGAUCAAACAUCCUGGAACCUCUCAUUGAUCUUGAAACCAUCAACACAAGACUGGAUUGUGUCCAAGAAAUUCUUGAAGAUGAGGAGCUGUUUUUCAGCCUCCGCUCAGUUCUCUCGAAGUUUCUGGACACAGAACAACUUUUAUCUAAUCUUAUCCAGAUUCCAAAGCAGGACACAGUGAAAGCUGCAGAUACCAAGAUAAUGUAUCUGAUAUCACUGAAACACACACUAGAACUUGUGGAGCCUUUAAAGGCUGUUCUAAAAAACUGCAAGACACCCCUUCUCCAGGCCUAUUAUUCUUCAAUAGAGGAUAACAGGUUUGAUAUCAUACUUGAGAAAAUUAGAACAGUUAUUAAUGAUGACACCAGGUACACCCGCGGAUGCCUCAACAUGAGAACCCAGAAAUGUUACGCAGUUAAGCCCAACAUAAACGAGUUCCUAGAUAUCGCCCGAAGGACCUACGCAGAAAUCAUAGACGAUAUUGCUGGAAUGAUAUCACAGCUGGCUGACAAGUACAACCUGCCUCUGAAGACCAGUUUCAGUACCUCUCGCGGAUUCUUCAUCCAGGCCAACAUAGAGAGCAGUGCGCCUCUCCCUGCAGAGUUUGUCAAGGUGACGAGAGUGAAAAACACUUAUAGCUUUACAACAGUGGACUUAAUGAAAAUGAACGAGAGGUGUGACGAAUCUCUCCGAGAAAUCUACCACGUGUCUUAUCUGAUGGUGUGCAAGCUUCUGGGCGAGAUCUAUGAACACAUCCAUUGCCUGUAUAAGUUAUCAGACACGGUCUCCAUGCUGGACAUGCUGCUGUCGUUUGCCAACGUCUGCACCCUGUCUGACUACGUUCGCCCGGAAUUCACGGAUACGAUGGCGAUAAAGCAGGGCUGGCAUCCAAUCCUAGAAAACAUAGCGCUGGGGAAACCAGUAGCCAAUGACACUUUUAUAAGUGAAGGGAGUAACUUCAUCAUUCUCACCGGGCCAAAUAUGAGUGGAAAAUCAACAUACUUAAAACAGAUUGCGCUCUGUCAGAUAAUGGCACAGAUAGGGUCCUUUGUCCCAGCAGAAUAUUGCUCUUUCAGAAUCGCUGAACAGAUCUUCACUAGAAUAGGAAUGGACGAUGAUAUUGAGACAAAUUCCUCAACGUUCAUGAAGGAAAUGAAGGAGAUAACCUACAUAAUCCAGAACGCGAAUGAGAAGUCGCUGAUAAUUAUUGAUGAAUUAGGAAGAGGAACCAGCACAGAGGAAGGCAUUGGAAUCUGCUACGCAGUCUGUGAGCACCUUCUAGGGUUAAAGGCUUUUACUCUGUUUGCAACCCAUUUCCUGGAAUUAUGUCACCUUGGUUCAAUUUAUCCGAAUGUAGAAAACUUUCACUUUGAAGUGAAGCACUUGGGGGACAGGUCGGGGAAUGAGGAAUCCAUCACGUACACCUACCUGCUAUCAAAAGGUCAUACCAAGGAGAAGAAUUACGCAGAAGCAGAGCAGCACCCCAGAGAGUGCCCGGCAGAUGGCCACCUAUCACUUAUCUCUCAGGCUUGUGCAGGCCGCCCGCAAUUCCCGGCUGGACGCAGACAGCCUGAGAACUUACCUAAAGCACCUGAAACAGAAAUACUCCGCCGACUGUGCCACAGCGGACCAGUUAUCUACCCAAGCCACCCAGUGACCAACGCUGCGUCUGCGAGACACAGCAGCGACAAACGUGUGAUACCGUUGUAUUGGUUUGUGAUGGUAAAAGGUCGCUGGGAAACUCUCAACAUUAGAUCCUGAGAUUUACAGAUGGAGCGUGAUUUGUUUUACCAAAUGGCACAAUUGAUCGCCUUGUAUCAAAGUAACCCUUUAUAGCUUAUGUCAUCAGAGAGAAUUCUGCCUGUGCUUACACGUGAGGCUUUCAUCAGGUCAAGCUCUGGGUGUAAAAUUCGCUUGUGCCCUGGGAAGUAGAGAGAGACGUUGGUGAGCGGAAGCAGCCGGCAGGACACCAGCUUGGGCUGUUGAAGCCUUUGGGAGGACCCACAAAUCUGGUGUAUUUGCAUCAGGAAAUGAAAACUAAGGAAUGAAUGUUUGCUGGAUUAAGCCUGCUCUAUGCUAAGGGGGAGAUUUAUCAAAUCUUUGCGAGAUAAAGUGGAGAAGUUGCUCAUAUCAACCAAUCCGUUUCCAACUGUCAUUUAUCUAGCACAACCUGUAACCUAACAGCUAGAAGCUGAUUGGUUCGUUGGUAUGUAGGGUUGGUUUGGGCACCGUCUUCAUUUUAUCUCUUAGAUUUGAUAAAUCUCCCCUUUGAUUUUAAAAUCUACGAUAGAGAGAACACUUACCUUCUAUUCUCCAGUCAUCUAUUCCGAGCUUCCAAUAACUAUAAUGAUCCCUUGCCACACCUCACACCACUAUCCUCUUUCUGCUGUUUUAACACAGAUUAUCUGGUGUCAAUGCACCGCCUCUCUUACUGGUUGAAUUGGUGAGACCCCCCCCCCCCCCCCUUCCCACACACACACACCCACACUCACUUUGUCACGCCGGCUAGUGGGAAGCGGAGGCCCCCCCACCCCCCCGUGGGACCGUUAGUGACCGUGGAUGCUGAAGGACUCAGCGAAUGGGCAUGAGAAUUUAAUUACAAUUAUUUGUUUUUCUAGAACAAUGGUUUAUUUUGGGUGGAUUUCUUGUUAAAGUCUUGGGAAUUAUUUAGGUUGUCUUGGCAUUUACAGAUCUGUUUUUAUAGCAAGUUAGAUUAUUUAGCAAUGUCAGGAUGAGUGGAAAGAUAAUUGGCCCUUGCUCAUAUUCUAGUUAUUUUGCCAUUCUAAGGCCGGGUACCCAUAUGCACUGUGUUUCUUAAAAACUCACAAUAACACAUAUUUUGUGUGCUAAAUACCCUGUUUGUGUUCUUCUGUUAUACAAUAAAUAACUUGCUAUUUGA